GUUAAGUUAGGGUUUCAUCAAAAUAUACACAAAGAGAUAUGGGUGAUUGUUCUCCCGCUGCAUACAUUCACAUGGUGCAAUGCAUGAUAGAAAACUGUUUGAUUUUCAACAUGAGCAAAGAGGAAUGCAUGAAAGCUCUUUCUGAGAAUGCAAACAUCAAUCCUGUCAUCACCUCCACAGUGUGGAAGGAGCUGGUGAAAACCAACAAGGAGUUCUUCGAGACGUACGAGCGGAAGCGCGCACACGAAAAAUGUGUCAAUGCCGGAGAAAGAGACAAACAAGAUGAUCUCUGAUUCAUCAGACGACUAAAAUAUUUUAAUCACUCAUCCAGUUCAAUUCGAUAUGCAUAUUAUAUGAUCCUUCUUUAAAUUAAAAUAACCUCUCUAAGAUGAUAUGUAUUUACACUUAUAUAUGUAAAUCUUUUUGUUUUGUUUUUUUCUAUCUGCGUCAGUCCAACAAUAAAGACAUAAAAACUGAGAGUGAUAUUGGUGAUCCUUUUU